CAAUCGGAACGUCAUCGGGAACUUUGCUCUGUAUCAGACACUUUUAUUCUUAAUAAAUUUCAGAAACAUCCCUUUGCUUUUAUACUUAAUUCACAAAACCUUACAUCUUGUAGCAGCAAACCAGCGCAUCAGCAAGGGUCCAAGGUGUUCAAUCAUCGGGUGCCGAUGCCCCCCAAUCAACAACCAGGUAAGCUCAACCCAAGAGAAAAGCCCCUACAAGCACCAAGACUCAACGGGAAUGGCAGAAAGCAGCACCAUCCUCUCCACCUCAUCCGAUGCCCCAAAUUCAAGCAGACCCGGCCGAUGCACCUAAACAGACCAUCGAUCCAUCUAAUCAAGGCACGUCAUCGGCCGUUGUCCGUGAGCAAACAACCAUCGCUUCCCCUCAAGCCGAAGAUGUUCCAUCGGUAGACCCAAUCGGUCAGGGCAUAAUACAAGUCACAUCCUCAAGCCAAAGGCAAGAGAUUGCUCUGAAACAAGAACAGGACUCCCUUGACAGUUUAUUCUCUUUUGCCAUCGACAUUUCUGAUGACGAAGGUGAAGAAGCAAGUUCUUCUUUGGCGCUCGGAAUCGCAUCAGCAGAAAUCAAAUCUAAAUUGGAAGAUCUAUUGGGCCUACUGCAGCGAGACACAACCCAAUUGGUGGAUAACUCAGACCCAACCAAGGCCAUCUUCAAGACUCUCCGUGGUCAAAUUCCAGCCGAUGCCGAAGAGGCACUUCUCCAAGUCGCCCAUCUAGAAAGUCGUCAGCUCCAAUAUCAGAAAGCUGUCCAAUGCCUUGCCGACAGAGCUGCCCAGGCCCACCUUAAGGAGGAGAUGAUGAGGCAUCGCUACACUAGAUACGUUGACACCAUCGUCUUUUCCAAGUUGCAAAUCUUCUCCAACUCAGCUACUACGUCAUUCUCAGAUUCAGCAAACACGUCGUCAGUGUUUUGAUCAUAACUUCUUCAUACGACAUCGAAAUGGUGUGAUCUUGGACUUGUUGGAAAGGGGACAACGGCACCGUCGUUUUGGAUCUGGUCCCAGCUCCAGAUCUUUCGUGGAUUAAUCUUUACGUCCACGACAAGGUGCUGCGUCACCUAUUUUAGGCCAACUUGGUCAUGUAUCGAUUUCGAGCCUUAAGCCCAUGUUGUGGGCGCCUCCUCCUGGUCGCCUCCAACCCUAGGUCACUUCUCCUUUAUAUUCCACGCAGCCGCCACUAUUUAGA